CAUUCCGGAAUCAGUUCAAAACCAAACGCGCAGACAGACUUUGUUUGUUUACAUCGUAAAAAUCGGACCGACGAGCGUUUGAGAAGGGUUCAAGAUGGCUAAAAACCCGGAGGCCAGAGCAAAAGAGAACCAGAUGAAGUUUAUCCAGGACAGAAUCACCAAAGCGGAGCAGCACUUCGGGACUCUGUGCCAGGAGUUUGCUGCGUUCUCACGGAAGACGGCCAAACUGCGGGACAAGGGCGACGAGUUGGCGAAGGCCCUGCUAACGUACGCGGAGGCCGAGGGGCAAUCGCUGAAGUCUGGCGUCACGGGAUUCGCAGAGACCAUCUCAGCUAUACAAGACUACAGGCAAGCAGAGGUUCAAAGAUUAGAGGCCAAAGUUGUGCAACCGUUGACCCUAUAUGGAAACACCUGUAAACAUGCUAAGGAGGACCUGAAGAAGAGUCAGACAGCGCGAGGGAAGGAGCAGCAGCAGCAGCAGAGACUGGAGAAGGCGAGACAGAAGAACCCCAGCGACAGGCACACCAUCUCGCAGGUAAAUAAUCCCAACAUGUGGGUAGCGUCUGGUAGCAGUGGAUCACUGGCUGUGUCUUUGGCAGAGUCUGAGCUACAGCGGGCAGCUGUGGAUGCCACCAGGUCCGACAGGGCCCUCGAGGAACAAAUGGACAACUUUGAAAGGCAGAAGAUGGAAGACAUCAAGAAAAUCCUGACAGACUUUGUGCAUGUGGAGAUGGUGUUCCACUGUAAGGCACUGGAGCUGUACACAGUAGCAAACCAGUAUCUACAGGGCAUCAAUGAUGAAGAUGACUUAGAGGAGUUCAGGAACUCCAUGCGGCCGCCCAGCGCCCCUGCUCGGCUGGACCUGGUCAGGGCCAACUCCAAGACUUCCCUCAGUUCGACAGCGCGGCAGACACCAGGGACGGAGCGGCGUGCCACGGCCGUCAGCAGACCUCAGGACCUGGAGGAGUCAGAGGAGGAGGAGGAGGAAGAUGAUGACGAGGAUGAAGAUGAGGAGGAUGAGGAGGAUGAUAGGCACUAUAGGAGAUAGGAGCAGGAGGAGAGAUGUGGGUACCAUCAGCAAACCACAAGAGAUGAAAAUGAUGAGGGGACAGAUGAUACACAAUAUAAUAGGUAAGAAAAGGAGGAUUGUGAGGAGGAGAUGAAAAGUGGGUACCAUCAGCAAACCACAAGAGAUGGAGGAGGUAGAUGAAAAUGAUGAGGGAGAGAAUGCAGGUAGCAGGUAUUAUAAUAGGUAAGAGGAGGAUGAUGAUAGGCACUAUAGGAAAUAGGAGGAGGAUGGUGAGGAGGAGAGGAGAAGUGGGUACCAUCAGCAAACCACAAGAGAUGGAGGAGAUAGAUGAAAAUGUAGAUGAGAAGGAUGAAUGGCGCUAUAGGAGAUGAGUCUAUUGUGGUUGGUUGCUGGUAUUGUGGUCAGUUUGUUAACUUGGUUAUUUGGUUGUUUGGCUGGUUUGUUCGCUGUUUUUUUUUUAUUCAUCAACGUAUUAGAAUGAGAAGAAUAAUAGCAAGGACAAUAGCAAGGACUCUGUGGUGCUGCGCUAAACUUCUUUUAAUAGUGCCACACAACAAAAUACAAUUAACACUGUGACAGUGAAUUGACAUAGCGUUGCUGACUGUUUCAGUGGUUGGUUGGAUGGUUGGUUACCAAAUGUUACAAUAUCUUCUGUAAUAAUGUGUAAAUGGACUUUAGAUGGCUUUUAACUGCUGUUUUUGUCAUAAAAAAGAGCAUUUCUAUUACAGUUUGUACUUAGUAUCAAGCAACCUCUCCAAAGCCAUCAGUGUUUUUUGCAAGAUCAAUAGAUAGCAAACAUCCUUGACCUGUGUAAAAGGAAGCCUUUAAGUGGUCAAUUUUAAAAGCGUCGGCCUCUUUUUACUACUGCUUUUAAGUACUAAGCAUCCAGUUUGAAGUACCAGUACUUACUAGUGAGAAAAGGGACGAUAUGCAUAUGUACACAAACAAAAUGUAUGCAGAGUGUUACUGUUAGUUGAACAACUCAGAGAUAAAAAGUAAUAAGAUGUACAACAGGUUUGCCAUGUGUAGCUUUUUUUUAUUUUUACAUACUCAACUAUUUUCUGCACCAAUGCCAACAACAAUAUACUGUAUAUACAUGUAGAUUGUCAAACAAUAGUAGUCAUUUUAUCAGAAAAAGCACAUACAUGUACAUUGUAUCAACAGUAGUCUCUGACAGACUCCUUUGUCAGGUAAAUUACUAGGUACAUGUACAUAUGGCAGAGUUGCCUAAGGGUGCUCUGUGAUAGGCUAACUCCUCUGUCAUCAUAUAUAUA